AUCAAUCCAUCGAUUCCAAGAGUUGAUUCUCAGAGUCGAUUCGGCUACUCGAAUUUCGGCACGAUAUUUUCUUUAGCUCAAACGUCAAAAACACAGAACAGGACAGGAAAGGAGAUACUAUAUUAAGAUAUAAGAAGAUAGGUAAUAUUAAUUAGGUGCAUAAUACAUCGUGUGAAUGUAUUAUUGUAUAAACAAAAAGGGAUCUUAACUUCAUGUUCUGUAUCGACUCUUAGAAUCAAUCCACAGAUUCUAAGAGUCGAUUCUGCACAACGUUUCCUUGACUCUAACAACAAAAACAUGAGGAAAGGACAUAUUGUAAAAAUGUAUGAAUGUAGUACUGUAUAAAGAAGAAGAGAUUUUAACUUCAUGUUUAACUGUCUUGUUACUUAAAUUCCACUGUUAAAUAAAGAAGGAAAGUUUUAUAUUGAUUCACUUAAGGAGUGUGGACUUUAAUCUGCAAAUACGCAAAUACAGUGAAUCAUUUGUACCUGUCACCUGUACGAGUCUUCUUCUAUGUGCCACAAAUAUUAACAGAAUAACAGUAUUAACAGGAAAUUAAUUUAUUAAACAUAAUUAAAUCUCCUAUGAGACAAACCAAUACAAAUACAAAACUUUUACAAAUUCAAUAACAGGUCAGACUGACAAAUGAAUCAAUUUCUUUGCAUAGAUUCGACUCCGACACUUUAGAAUCGACUCACAAUGCAUGACGGCGAAGAGUCGAUUCUUAUUUUUUGGGCUCGACUCUGAAUCGGAUCGCAGGAGGCGGGAUUCCCCGGAAGAAACAACGUGUUUUAGCAACUGAUUCAAAACCCAAAGCUAGCAUGCAAACACAGUGAAAUAAUCAUUAUCUAAUCCAUGGAAAUGUCUGAAUAAAGAAGUGAAUGACUCGAAUUAUUGUUACUAAUUGUUUAUGAGUGAAGUAUCCGCUAUGGAAGGAGAAAAGACGUUUAAACAGUGGAAGAAGCAGUGUCUAAACAAGCUGGACCUCAGUAAAAAGGGCAGUGUAGAUGAGGACAUUAACACUGUGGUCUCUUCCCUAAAUAAAUCUGACAAUUAUUUCACCACAAGUUCCUGUUCUGGAAGAAUCAUCCUGAUCGACGGGGUGUCUGACUGUGUGGAUGUGCAGAAGCAGAAUUGUUCCUGGCUCUUUGUCACUCAUAAGAAGUGUACAAAAGAUGAAGUGAUGGCUGCUUUGGAGAAAUCUUCUGGAGACGCUGUUUUGAAGUUUGAACCUUGUGUUCUUCAUGUGCAGUGCAAACGACUAGAAGACGCACAACUCCUGCACUCUGUCGCCAUAAACUCAGGGUUCAGGAACUCUGGAGUGACUGUGGGAAAGAAAGGCAAAAUCAUUAUGGCUGUGCGCAGUACCCACUGUCUCGAAGUUCCUCUCAGCCACAAGGGCAAAGUCCUCAUUUCUGAAGAAUAUAUCGCUUUUCUUGUCGGAGUUGCAAAUAAUAAAAUGGAUGAAAACCUCAAGAGGAUUGAAAGGUUUUACGGCUGUCUGAGAUCUGCGCUGGAACCAGAGGAGGAUAAAAGAUGUGUAAAGGACACCGAGUCAGAUGAGAAAGCUGUGUACAGACGCAGGAGGCGGAGGAGAGAGCGGGACGGCGCAGGAUCAGACUGUAAUGUCGAACAGCAGAGUGACAGUGAGCACAGCGACGAGCUGGACGGCCAGCUGGGGUUAUUCUCUUAGAGCCAGCGCUGGAUGCUGCGUGGCUUUAAUGAGGCUCGACGCCUCCUCAUCCUGAACAGCCUGAUUAUUAUUUUUAUUUUUUAAUGGAGAUUUUCCUCAAUUUUAUACGAAAUCUCUAUGAUGUGCUUAGCUCCCAUUCAGUGUUCUGUGUAAAAAUGUAAGAAUAAAAACUAUACUCAUGGUUUUAUUAUAA